AGUUCGUUCUGGACCUGCAUCGAGCUCACUCGCGACUCAACCCUCAACCGCCACCGACUCAAAAAAUACAAGUGGACAUAAAAAAUCAACUCUAACAUUCAGUUUGAAAAAGUAUUCAAUUCAAUUAUUAUAUUCAAGUGCAAGUGCAAGUGGACAUAAAAAAUCAACUCUAAAAUUCGAAUUCAAAAACUGAUUUCAAGUUCAAGUGGACAUACAAAAUCAACUCUUAAAAUUCAAAUUAAAAAAGUGACUCAAGUCAAGUGCACAUGUGCUAAGAAAUAUUAAGUUGAAACUGGAAUAAAGUGACCAAAAACUUUACGAAAGUAACUUUUUUCGAGGAAUUCUUUUAAUUAAUUUCGCCAAGAUGUACGAAUAUGACCCAUCUUCAGAUGCCAAUGCAAUGAUGACAUACGAGGACCCUUUCGGUCUUCUCAGCCAGAUUCUGUCCGCGUGCAUAAACCCUCAAUAUACAGAAAACUCGGCAAUAGUUUCUACACUUCCCAUGGCUUCCAACUGUUCACAAACGCCACAAAUUGAAUCUACACUUAGACAACCAGAGUCACGGUAUCGUGAUACAGCACCAACGAGAAUAGGAUACGACAGCGACGAAACGCCAGAACUAGACUGCUGCGACUCGCUUACAUCUUCGUGCUUCCCCCUGUCCUGGUGCUUUAGUUGUUGGAUGGAAAGCCACAGCACGAAUUCACAGCCUUCAGAGAGAAGUAUAGAAGAAGAAAUCAAUUAUGAGGAAACAACUUUUUCAGAUCCCUGUGUUGCGCCACCUCCGAGCCCCAUAGAGUUUGACUCUCUAACUAGGAAACCACGACAAUACAAAAGAGAGGAAUAUAUUCAGCCGCCCCCAAAUUUUCAGGAUGAAGAUGACCAAGGCAGACAACCUCAUCAUCAUCAUCAUCAACAGGCACGAAGAGUAAACGUUUUCGUGCCUGUUGAGGAUGAUGAGGAUGUCCAAGGCAGACAUACUCAUCAUCACCAUCCUCAACAAGCACGAAGAGUAAACGUCUUCGUGCCUGUUGAGGAUGAUGAGGAUGUCCAAGGCAGACAUCCUCAUCGUCACCAUCCUCAACAAGCACGAAGAGUAAACGUCUUCGUGCCUGUUGAGGCACAUCAGAGCGGACGAGCAAUGAAAGCCCGCAGGGGCGCGAUUUGUGUCAUCGAAGACACGUAGCAUUAAAGUACUAAA